GCGAUAGUUGUCGGCAGUAACGAGUUUUACAUUAUCGCACAUCUCUAAAACGGAACCAAAUUUUUAGUAAUAAGAGAAUUAUUAUGAUGGCCAGCAAACAAUUAAUAAACAACUUGAACAAAGUGGGUCGCUGUGCCGAGAAUUGGAUAAAACCAUUGACGGCGACAACACGCAACUUCAGCUCACGCAGCGAUGUGGAGAAAGUCACACACACUGGCCAGGUGUUCGACAAGGAUGAUUACCGCAAUGCACGGUUUGUGAAUGCCAAGCGCUAUGUGAACGAAAACUGGGGCAUCAAGUUGAUUGACGAGCUGCCACCGACUGUCACCACCGAACGCGUCGUCUGCUGCGACGGCGGCAACGGACCCUUGGGACAUCCCAAAGUCUACAUCAAUCUGGAUAAACCUGGCAAUCACAUUUGCGGCUACUGCGGACUGCGUUUCGUCAAGAAGGAUGAGCAUCAUUAGAAAUUCCCCUUUAAUCAUGCCUCAAGUUGUUGUUAACUAAAAAUAAACUUAUUACUAUCCAAUUUGGA